AUUAGAGAUCAACUUUUUGUCUUGAUCUUGGACAACUAAAUGAAAUAUAUAAAAACUGCUUGAUAACAUAUUAAUAUGGGUAAAUCAUCAAAGGAUAAACGAGAUAUUUUUUACCGAUUAGCCAAGGAGCAGGGAUGGCGCGCCCGAAGUGCAUUCAAACUGCUUCAAGCGGACGAAACGUUUAAUUUACUCGAGGGUGUAACACGCGCUGUGGACUUAUGCGCUGCCCCUGGUGGCUGGUCACAGGUGCUGUCCAAGCGUUUGUACGAACCGCGCACGCCCCAGGAACGGGAGCAGGUGAAGAUCAUCGCAGUGGAUAUGCAGGGCAUGGCGCCCAUUGAUGGUGUCACACAGUUGCGCGAAGAUAUAACCAAGGAGGAAACAGCGGAGGCGAUUAUUAAGUUUUUUGAUGGCAAAAAGGCGCAGCUGGUCGUCAGCGACGGGGCUCCAGAUGUCACGGGCAUGCACGACUGGGAUGCCUAUAUGCAGGCACAGCUCUUAUUAUCAGCGCUGAGCAUUUCGACCUACAUCCUUGAGGAGGGCGGUUCGUUUAUGGGCAAAGUGUAUCGAGCGGCCAACACCAGCGACGUCUACUUGCAGCUGCAGCGCUUCUUCAAGGAUGUGUGCAUCUUCAAGCCAUCCGCAUCGCGCAACUCCAGCAUCGAAGCCUUUGUAGUAUGCCGUCAGUUCACCAUGCCCGUGGGUCAUGUGCCAUGCAAUCUGACCUUAGAAUGGUUUGAUAAGCCCGAAGAGGCGUUGAGAAACAUCACAGGAAUACGUGAUUAUAAAGUCGUACACUUGCCAUUUGUGGCACACCAAUGUGAAUACGAUGCGGAUCUCAGCUACGAAUUGGACGAGGAUUAUGAGCAACAAGACGCCGUACAAAAGCCCCUGACCGCCGCCUACAAUGAAGUGCUGGAGAAAACCCGAAAUAUGUCCCUUAAAUACAACUCCUAUGUUGUGCAUCAUGACGAAGAGACGCCGCCUGCGGAGCCAAGCACAAGUAGCAAACCUGAGCAAAGCUAGAUUGAAUAUUGUUUAACUAUAUAUUUGAUGUAAAACAGUACCUUAAUGAUGUUAAAUAUAUGUGCAUUACUUAAG